UAUAUUUACUAUGAACUGCAAUGAGUUGUUACAGUGGUAAUGAUAAUUAAAAUCUAAAUAUUAUCUAUGUGUAUGUAUAUCUAAAUCCCCAGUUGUCAACGUCACCCUUCCACUUUCUCUCUCUCUCUCCCACCCUUCAUUUUGCUUCCCUUGUCAAUGGAUGGUCAUGGUCUUCCUUGCUCCCAUGCCACCCCAACUAUCUCUUCUUACAUUGGUUCUUCACCCCCUUAUGUCCCCCUCCUCCUCUUCUUUCUCAUUUCCACUCUCUCAUGACCAACCAUCACUUCAAACACUCCAUUCUCUCAGUUUUUCUCAUGCCAUCACCAUCUUCAUCUUCCUCUGCAUAUUCCCUUUACAAUUCUUACAUGGUUUCCAACUUCAUGGUCUCUAUCAUAGUCCCCUUAUUCCUCUUCUCCUUGUUUGUUGUUCAUGUUUCCUCUUGUAGUCAGAUUGAUAAACUCUCCCUCUUGGCUUUCUCUGGGAACAUAUCCACCUCUCCACCUUUUCCUUAUCUCAAUUGGUCUGAUUCUCUUGACUGCUGUGCUUGGGAAGGCAUUACUUGUGAUGGGGAUCUUAGAGUCACACAUCUUUUGCUACCUUCUAGAGGCCUCACUGGCUUCAUCUCCCCCUCUCUCACAAACCUCUCUUGUCUCUCUCACCUUAAUCUCUCCCAUAAGAGAUUAUCUGGUGGUCUCCAGCACCAGCUUUUUUCAUUGCUCAGUCACUUGGUGGUUCUUGAUUUGAGCUACAAUCAUCUGUCUGGUGAAUUGCCACCUUUUGGGAUUGAUAACAGUGGCAAAAAUAGCAGUGGUGCUGCUAUCCAGGAGCUGGAUUUGUCCAGCAAUUUUUUCAACGGGACACUUCCAAAUUCUUUGCUCGAGAACUUGGCAGCUGCUGCAGCUGGAGGAAGUUUGGUGUCUUUGAAUGUUAGUAAUAACAGCUUCAUAGGUCAUAUUCCCACUUCCCUGUUUUGCAUUAAUGACCGUAACUCCUCCUCUCUAAGAUUCUUGGAUUAUUCCUCCAAUGAUUUUGAUGGUGCCAUUCAGCCUGGACUUGGAGCAUGUUCCAAGCUGGAGAGAUUUAGAGCAGGCUUCAAUUUUCUGUCAUGGCCUAUUCCAAGUGAUCUUUUUGAUGCUGUUUCUCUCACAGAAAUCUCAUUGCCCCUCAAUAGACUCACUGGAACAAUUGAAGAUGGUAUAGUUGGCCUUACCAACCUCACAGUUUUGGAGCUCUACUCCAAUCAUUUCACAGGUUUCAUCCCCCGUGAAAUUGGUAAACUCUCCAAGUUGGAACGGCUACUCCUUCAUGUCAACAAUUUGACAGGUACUAUGCCCCCGUCUCUGAUGAACUGUGUCAAUCUUGUGGUCUUGAAUUUAAGGGUCAAUCUCUUGGAGGGAAAUCUCUCUGCAUUCAAUUUCUCAGGAUUCCUCAGCCUUACUACACUUGAUCUUGGCAACAAUUAUUUUAUCGGUGGUUUACCACCAACCCUUUAUGCAUGCAAAUCACUUUCAGCUGUGAGGUUUGCAUCUAAUCAGCUUGAGGGAGAGAUUUCUCCCAGGAUACUUGAACUAGAGUCUUUGUCUUUCCUAUCAAUUUCUACUAACAAGUUUAGGAAUGUUACUGGGUCUCUGACAAUACUCAGGGGUCUCAAAAACCUCAGUACCCUUAUGCUCUCCAAGAAUUUUUUCAACGAAAUGAUACCUCAAGAUGUGAACAUAAUAGAGCCAGGUGGAUUUCAAAAACUGCAGGUUUUAGGAUUUGGUGGUUGUAAUUUCACUGGUCAAAUACCAGGCUGGCUUGUGAAACUUAAGAAGCUUGAGGCCUUGGACCUGUCCUUUAAUCAAAUCAGUGGUCCAAUUCCUCCAUGGUUGGGUAGACUUCCUCAACUUUUCUACAUGGACUUGUCUUUUAACCUCCUUACUGGUGUAAUUCCAGUAGAGCUCACAGAACUCCCAGCACUGGCAUCACAACAGGCAAAUGAUAAAGUAGAAAGGACUUAUCUUGAGCUACCUGUCUUUGCAAAUGCAAAUAAUGUUUCCCUACUGCAAUAUAAUCAGCUUUCAGCCCUCCCCCCAGCAAUAUAUCUGGGAAACAAUCACCUUAAUGGCAGUAUCCCUAUUGAGAUUGGAAAACUCAAAGCCCUUCUUCAGCUGGACGUGAAAAAUAACAGCUUCUCUGGUGAUAUACCCGUUCAGUUUUCAAACCUGACUAACUUAGAGAAACUAGACCUCUCAGGAAACCAACUAUCUGGUGAAAUUCCUGAAUCCCUUAGAAAAUUACAUUUCUUGUCUUUUUUCAGUGUAGCCUUCAAUAAUCUUCAAGGACAGAUACCAACUGGUGGUCAAUUUGAUACUUUCUCCUAUUCCAGCUUUGAAGGAAACUCGCAAUUGUGCGGUCCAGUCAUUCAGCGUUCUUGUUCUCAACAAAAUACUUCUACUAAUACUACUCCAGCUAGUCACAGCUCAAACAAAAGAAUAAUGAUUGCACUUGUCAUUACAGCCAGUUUUGGCUUUGGCUCCUUGAUAACAGUGUUGACUCUGUGGAUACUGUCCAAGAGAAGAGUCAAUCCAGGUGGAGAGCUAGACAAGAUUGAAAUGGAAUCAAUUUCUGCCUACUCCAACAAUGGAAUUCAUCCAGAAGUUGACAAGGAGGCUAGCCUGGUGGUAUUGUUCUCCAACAAGAAUAAUGAAACCAAGGACCUCACCAUAUUUGACAUCCUAAAAGCCACUGAAAAUUUCAGUCAGGCAAACAUAAUAGGAUGUGGGGGUUUUGGUUUGGUUUAUAAAGCAACACUACCAAAUGGAACCACAGUUGCCAUCAAGAAACUUUCAGGAGACUUGGGCCUCAUGGAAAGGGAAUUCAAAGCAGAAGUAGAGGCUUUGUCAACAGCACAACAUGAGAAUCUGGUGGCAUUAAAAGGCUAUUGUGUGCAUGAGGGAUUCCGGCUUCUCAUGUAUACAUACAUGGAAAAUGGAAGCCUUGAUUACUGGUUACAUGAAAAGCCUGAUGGUGCUUCCCAACUUGAUUGGCCAACUCGCUUGAAGAUUGCACAAGGGGCAAGCUGUGGCUUAGCUUAUUUGCAUCAGAUAUGUGAACCACACAUAGUGCAUCGCGAUAUAAAGUCAAGCAACAUACUCCUUAAUGAAAAUUUUGAGGCACAUGUUGCUGAUUUUGGGUUGUCCAGGUUGAUUCUUCCAUAUCAUACUCAUGUUACCACUGAACUUGUUGGUACAUUAGGCUAUAUUCCCCCUGAGUAUGGACAAGCAUGGGUGGCUACUCUGAGAGGAGAUGUGUACAGCUUGGGUGUUGUCAUGCUUGAGCUGCUAACUGGGAGGAGGCCUGUAGAUGUAUGCAAGCCAAAAAUGUCAAGGGAGUUGGUUGGCUGGGUUCAACAAAUGAGAAUUGAAGGAAAACAAGAUCAAGUAUUUGACCCUAUUCUGAGAGGGAAGGGGUUUGAAGGAGAGAUGCUGAAGGUGCUGGAUGUGGCUUGCAUGUGUGUCAGCCACAAUCCUUUCAAGAGACCAAGCAUCAGAGAAGUUGUUGAAUGGCUGAAGAAUGUAGCAUCAGACAACCAGCCAGCACAGAAAUAAAGACUUGAGGGAAAUGUUUGUCCCUCAACAAAUCUUGACAACAUUGUAUACUUGUGCAAAUUCUUUCUUUUGCUUUUUUACAGAUUAUCAUUUGACUACUGUAAAUGUUGAUUCCCCUUGUCAGAACAUUAUUGCUAGAAAGAUUUUGUGAAUUAUCUUAUGUGAUCAUCCAUUUUGAGCUGGAGAACUUUC